AUGGCCAAGGUCAAAGUCAAGAUGAGAAGGGGAGACCUGGGCCAGGAAAACCGUCCGAUCCCAGAACCGGGUCCCAAUGAGGUCCUCCUGCGGAUGCAUUCUGUUGGGAUCUGCGGAUCUGAUGUGCACUACUGGCAGCAUGGUCGAAUUGGGGAUUUUGUUGUAAAGGAUCCUAUGGUGUUGGGGCAUGAAGCUUCCGGGACUGUCGUCAAAGUGGGAUCAGGAGUAACUCAUCUGAAACCAGGUGAUCGAGUGGCCAUCGAGCCCGGCGUCCCGAGAGAAACAGACGAGUUCUGCAAAACUGGCCGCUAUAACCUGUCCCCAACCAUCUUCUUCUGCGCGACGCCUCCUGACGAUGGGAACUUGUGCCGCUACUACAAGCACAAUGCCAGUUACUGCUACAAGCUUCCAGAUAAUGUCACCUUUGAAGAAGGGGCCCUUAUUGAGCCCCUUUCGGUGGGAAUCCAUGCCUGCAAAAGAGCGGGAGUCACUCUGGGAAGCAAAGUCUUCGUGUGUGGCUCUGGACCAAUUGGCCUUGUUAAUGUGAUUGUUGCCAAGAUGAUGGGUGCAGCAACUGUGGUAGUUACAGAUUUAUCUGCCUCUCGCCUGCAAAAAGCCAAGGAGGUAGGGGCAGAUUUCACCAUUCAGGUAAAGAACGAGACCCCGCAGGAGGUGGCCUCCAAAGUGGAAAGUCUGCUUGGCUGCAUGCCUGAGAUAACUGUGGAGUGUACAGGAGUGCAAGCCUGCAUCCAGGCUGGCAUUUACGCCACUCGUUCUGGUGGGACGUUGGUGCUGGUUGGGCUGGGGCCUGAGAUGGUGACCGUGCCCAUCGUGAACGCUGCUGUGCGGGAGGUGGAUAUCCGGGGGAUAUUCCGCUACUGCAACACGUGGCCUGUGGCAAUUGCCUUGCUGGCAUCCAAGCGGAUCAAUGUCAAGCCCUUGGUUACACACCGCUUCCCCCUGGAAAAGGCUCUUGAGGCGUUUGAGGCCACGAAGAGGGGCGAGGGGGUAAAAGUAAUGCUGAAGUGUGACCCCACUGACCACAACCCCUGAUAUGCCGCGGUGCCCGGCCCUCUCCCCAUCACACUGCCUGCCUGAGAUGCAAAGCAUGAAGCCACAGAAGGCUGAUGUAUGGCUGAUGCAUGUUUACACAGUCACCUAAUGCAGGCAGUGCUUGGUAAUAGAGCUAAAAAAUCAAAUGAUAAUGAGGGUGGAUGGCACUGAGGGGUACAUGAUUUGAGUAUUAGCAGGCAGAUACAAAUGGAGAACCAAUAGGAACUAGUUUGAAUCAAAACACUGCUCUUCGAUUAGAUGGGUCACACAGACGGCUCUUCUCCAGCAGACCACACAUGUGGAUGAGCCUGGGUCUCUCUGCAUGUGCCAUAGGCAGCCUCCUGCAUGGCCACGGAUCUGUCUGCACAGACAGCAGGAGGCUGUCACCAGCUGCACAUUCCCUCAGGGAUGCUCAGGGACUGUAACAGCCUAUGGAACAAAACCCAGCCAGCCUGUCUUGGUGAGGUGCAUCUGUACGUUCAGGUCGUUGUCCCCAUGCUCUUUACGAACAGCAAACUGCAGGCCCCAAAAGCCCAGGGCUUUUUUAGGGAGAAGCUAGGCUGGAGGCCAGCUGGGACCAUAUCUGCUGUGUAGUCCCCCUCCAGCAGGUCCCUGUGGGGCAGAAAGGACCACUACAGAGCGGGCUGGAGUGUUUGCAAGGACACUGCCCCGUCUUUGGCUUGGACACCAGAUCCCGAUCCUUCCGUGGCUCCCAAGGAGGGGCUGCUCUUGGGGGGCACAGCUUGCUUUUAGCAUGGGGGGACAUGCAGUAGGAGCACAGCAUCACUCAAAGGUUUUACCACUAUGAAGGAAUUUUAACUCCUUGGGUGUAUCAGCCCUUCCUGCUGAGUUAGUGAGCCAUGAACGAGGUACUAAGCGAGGGGACAGGUUGCAGAUAAAACAUAAUCUUAGAUUACAGUCAUGCUAAUUCUAAUACUAGGAGAUCAAUCUGAGAUCCCUUUCUUGGGCCGGUACUGGACUUUCCACAAUAAAUGCUGCCUACCUGAUG